AUGUCAUCCGUUUACGGGGACUCUUGUCCAGGUAAAAUAAGUGGAAUACCCUCUUUAAGCAAGAACUCUAUGCAGUGGAACAAAAAAGGAACACCACCACCCAAGAAGUUUAAGGUGUCAGAGUCGGCUGGGAAGAUCGUGGCGACAGUCUUUUGGGAAGAACGGAUCCUGUUGAUCGAUUAUAAAGACAAAGAUGUCUCAACCGAAGAAUAUAAUGCUUCAAUCCUAGAACGGUUAAAGGAAGUAGUCAAAGAAAAAAGAAGAGGAAAAUCGACGGAAGGUGUUCUCCCUCUAUACGACAACGUGCCUGUUCACAAGAGCCGUGUUGCGAUGGUUGCCCUGCAGAAGGUGGCCUUCGAAAUUUUGGCUCACCCACCCUACUGUCCUGACCUAGUUCCCAGCAAUUAUUACCAUUCCCUAACUUGA